ACAUUUUAUAUUUAGAUACACUAUAAAAACAAACCUUAGCGAAAGUGUCCUGUGAAUUUUUAUAGUGUUGUGAAUUAAAACAAUUAAUCAAGAAUUUUCACUUCUUGCAUGCAAUAUUUUACUGCAUAUAACAUGCUCACAAAUAAUGUUAAUCACAAAACAGUAUGACGUCGCAUUAAGAAGUGAUUCCGAUUCAAAGUCGAUUAAUGAAACAUAGCUUUCGUUUAAUUUUUCGUCCCAAAUCUUAACCAAUUUGUGUCAUUAAUAAAUAAAGAUGAUUGAGAUAAAAGUUACGUGUAGUAAAUUGCAUUUUAUCACGUAAAUGACGCGCAAAUUGAUAACUCGUGACAAUAUUACAUUUGUCUAGGUUGAAAGAAAAUACGUUUUAAUGGAAUAUUUGCUUAAAAAAAAUGUAAUCAGAGAUCUCUAUUUGGUGAUAAGAAUUUUUUGAAGUAUUUUAACGUGUUUCAGUGUUUAUUUAGUAUCACUAAUAUUCAAAUAAUAGCAAAAUUGAUUUCAGAUAGUCAUCAAAAUGAUUUCCAAAUAGUGUAACAACUUAUAAGCAACAUUGACCUAAAGGAGUUGCUAGUACUUCAAUACUAGAUAAAUUAAAUAAUAUGGAAAAGAAGCAUAUUCAUUUCAUUCAUUCAUUCGUAAAAAGUUUAAGGUAAAGCGUAUUCUUCGUGUCCGACUUUGGUAAUUAAAUUAACUUUGUACUAAUGUAACGCUGACCUCAUUCCCUAUAAACGUAAUUAAAUAAUUUGGUCCAAUUUCAUUCAUGAAUUACAACAAAAGUUAUUUAAUGAAAGUAUAAAACACUGAUUCAUUAUAAAAGUCGUAAAGUGUUUUGGAGAUUAUAUGACCACGAUUAUAUGUUCCAAUUCGUGUAGGUGGAUACAUAUUUGUUACUAGAACAUCAUUGCAUAUUUGGUUAAAUUUCAACGACCUAUGCGGGUUGCCUUACGUUUUCCUUCCUAGCCGAAUACGAUGAUAAACACAUAAUAAGCUCUUUUGUGAUUGCCUGAACUUGAUCGCACAAUCUUCAGUUAAAAUGUUCAUAUUUUUGAUAUUAGAAAACGAUCAAUUUACAAUAAAUUCAUAAUUAUAUAAAAUUAAUAAUAAUACAUAUUUAAAUGAAUGAAAUCAAAUCGGUUAACUGUUCCCAUUUUUUUUCGAUCUAAAGUAAACAAAAUAUGUUUCUAAAUCUAAAUGACGGUGGAUAAACCAAAUCUUAGAUCCUAUCUAAAUAUGUAUAGCAAUGUCUGCCUACCGCGUGGAUAACUUUGUGAUCUCAUUAAUUAGAUAGGUUAAAUGUAAAGUGUGUCAGUAACCUACCCAACAGUAGGUCAGUAAAAAUCCUUGAGUAUAAAUAACCUAGACAUAAUCUCGUUUUUAUCAUUUCCAAGACCAAUAUAUAUAUAUAUAUAUAUACCUAUUUUAAAAAGCUUUCGUAGCGUAAAAAAAUUCGGGCAUUUUAUCAAAAGCGCAAAUGCAUGUAUUAACAGUUAACAGAAAAUUAUAAGUUGUCGUGUAUUAGAUUUUGGUUAUUCGCUUGUUUUAAUUUUUUAAGUAGAAACAAAAGCCGCAUAGGUACAUUUAGAUAGGCAAGGCGCAUGCUCUCAACUGCUUCGACUGUAAUCAAUAUCUUGACCGGAGAGUUUGGGACGACAAUUUCGCAGCAAAAUUUUUGUUGGUGUUAUUUUAUGGACUUAUAAGACCAGUGGGCGUUUGAUUAAAAUAUAUUUCCGUGUGUGUGAAGUGGCGGUGGCGGAGAGUGAGGGUUCAGCAGUGGCGGGAGGCGUCGGCCUCACCGUGAGUAGCAAGGUAUAUCCAAGUCCGGGGGCGGCGCGCGGCGUGUGGGCGCUGCCGCAGCCGCCCCCUUGCACCAUGGCAGCGGAAGAGUCUCUACCACCAUGUUCGCCGAUGUCGCCGGACGCGCCCGCAGCACAACCUCGCAUUACGACUAAUUUAAGUCACCAUUCGGACUUUCACCAGCUGAUUUUUGAAGCUGUCCGUUCUGGAGAAGUAUCAGAAAUCGAACGGUUAGUGGAAAAGCUUGGCGUAGAAAUUCUAAGUGCGCGCGACCAACAUGGUUACACUCCAGCACACUGGGCGGCGCUGGAUGGAAGUGUCGCUGUUAUGAGAUACUUAGUCGAGAGAGGCGCACCGCUUGAUCUAUCUUGUUUAGGCACUCAGGGCCCACGUCCAAUUCACUGGGCUUGCCGAAAGGGACACGCAUCAGUAGUACAAGUACUGCUUCAAUCGGGAGUAGCUGUUAACGCUGCAGAUUUCAAAGGUUUGACUCCCCUGAUGACAGCCUGUAUGUAUGGUAAGACGGCUACCGCGGCAUACCUCCUCGGGAUGGGCGCUGCGACCCGCUUGUCGGACAUUAACGGUGACACGGCAUUGCACUGGGCUGCAUACAAGGGUCAUGCGGAUUUAGUUCGCUUGCUCAUUUACUCUGGCGUUCCAUUACACUGUACGGAUAAUUUUGGUUCGACUCCAUUGCAUUUAGCUUGUCUGUCAGGCAACCUAACGUGCGUUAGACUGCUUUGUGAAAAGGUCAAAGCCGAGUUGGAGCCUCGGGAUAAGAAUGGAAAGACUCCUCUAAUGCUGGCUCAGAGUCACCGUCAUGCGGAAGUCGUUAAACUAUUGCAGAAAGAGAUGAAACGUAAAUCUCACUGGAUGCCGCCCUUGUCUGAGCUCUGGGCGCUCCUCUUCGGUGGAGCUGGAGAUUCAAAAGGACCUCUGCUAUUUUUCUUAAUCUCAGUUCUAUUGUGGGGUUAUCCUAUGUAUAUUAUUAGGUGCAUGCCCUUAACAUGGAAUACGCUGCGUCUCUCCCACUAUUGCUUCUUGUACUGGAACGCUAUUAUGUGGCUGAGUUGGGUGAUUGCUAAUCGAAGAGACCCCGGCUACAUUCCUCAGAACUCGGAGACAUAUUACAGAGCCAUCCGACAAAUACCCUACUAUGAUAAAUGGAAGAAGAGGAACGCUAUCCUAUCUCGUCUCUGUCACACCUGCCGAUGUUUAAGACCGCUUAGAGCUAAACACUGUCGUAUUUGCAAACGCUGCGUGGCAUACUUCGACCACCAUUGCCCAUUCAUCUACAAUUGUAUCGGCGUACGAAACCGCAUGUGGUUCUUUCUGUUCGUGAUGAGCGUGGCUAUCAACUGCACACUCUCUAUAUACUUCGCUUGCUACUGCCUGCUUCUUGAAGGAUUCGGUGUUCUCUACUUGCUUGGCUUGUUGGAAGCCAUUACGUUCUGUGCCCUCGGCUGGAUUCUGACAUGUACUUCCGUCCUACAUGCGUGUAUGAAUUUGACCACAAACGAAAUGUUCAAUUACAAACGGUAUCCUUAUUUGCGGGACAAGAGAGGCCGUUAUCAGAAUCCGUUUUCAAGAGGCCCAAUUAUGAAUUUAAUCGAAUUCUUCGUCUGCCUUCCGGACAAGUGUGAUGAACAAGAUCUGUUUUACGAAGAAAACAUAUGAUGCGAGUCGAUAUGACAGAGUGACGUGAGCACGACGAAAAAGUCGCAUGACGUUGUCGUGUGGUCGAGUCCUUUGCGAUCAAAGAGUGGGAAAGUUAAACUUGAACUGCGUUAUAACCUGCAAAGUAAUGUUUCCUUGUGAAAAACACAUUUCGUGACCUUAAUGCUUUUUAUAAAUGUCUAAUGCACGUAGGUGCACUUGAUUGUACCAAUCAAAAUUGUGACUAAUACUACUGUCAUGGCAUACAGAAGAUACUUGCUUAGACUAAAACGAAUCGCAUACUCGUCGUUGUUUCCAGUUCUAUAUCUAACGAAUGGUUAUAAUACACUAGUAUUUAGGUCGUGAAUCGUCGUCGUAGAAUCGUGAUCCGUUAAAAUCGUUGCUGAAUUUUAGGGACACAUGCGACUUAAAACAAAUACGAUACGUCGUUUACUAGGACGCUUUUCUACGCCUCGUACAAAAUUCUACCAUCCAUAAGCGAAAUGACUCGUUUUUUUAAUAUUGUAUAACCAGACAUAAUUAAUUAAUUAAUGAUGAAUUAUCAUAAUAUAUGCAUUUGUGUAUAAUUUAUAUUUCCAUCUUAUUAUUGUUUGUAUAAGAUUAGUCCAAACUCCAAAGCACCUACCUAUAAGGCAAUAUUAUUUCAUCCUACCUACUUGCACAAGUCGCAAACUGCUAUUGUGUAUUUAUGUAAUUUCAUUGAAUGAAAUUGUCAAUGUUCUACUUCAAACACUAACAUCAGCGAAACACCAGACAAAUAACAUUUGUAAAAAGCGUAACUUGAUACUUCGUAUUUGAUUCGCGAAGGUCACAAAACGUCAUCCGGAAAUAUAGGUAAUUAAAAACGAUUCGUACAAGUAAUACAAGCACAUAAUAAUUUAAAAUUAUAGAUAUUUCCUACCGAUUCUAUAAAAAAAUAUUAUAGUCUAGUCUAGCACAGAAUAAUAAUUGCUCACGUCAAAAAUCAAUUCCUGGUACAGUACUGAGUACAUAAAAAUAACGUUGUCUAUUAUCACGAUUUUCAAACUAAUAGUACCAUAUCAUAUAGCUUGUCAUUUCAUUUCUGAAAUGUUAUUAGUA